AUGUCAGCGAAUUCGUUAGGCCAGCGACAAGCAGAUCUCUCUGGAUCCUCAAAGACACAAGAACAACCACCCACUGUGCCCGCAGAACUCGAAUCGGUCAACACACGCCUUGGUCGUCUGAAAGACGACGUCCUUCCCUCUGCGCCGUACCUCCUCACUGUUCCAACAGACGUACCUUUUCGCCUUGGGAAUAGGUUCGUCAACAAUUGGGCAGUGGGGAAGAAAGGCCCGUUUGCGAUUGAGGAACAGCAACUUCAGUACAUGACUUUUUUGAUGCACAACGACACGGACUCUCUACUUGUUGCUGUCGGAGAUUGGUCAGAUAACGAGGGAAGGGUCAUGGCAAAAAAAGACGAUGAAGGCUCUCGGGUUGCUACACCUACUACACCUGCAGCGCCACAGAGUGGUGCAGCAAAGAAGAAAAUCAGUCUGAGCGACUACAAGACCAGGGCGAAGGGAGAUUCAGCUAGGGAGCAAACGACCAGUAACAGAACGUCUCCUCAUCACGACACCAAAAAAGAUACCCUACAAGUCCCUUCUCCUCGUACAGGGAAGGAACGAACAUCGCAUGAUCGACCCAAUCAAAGCCCGAUUACGGCCUCUUCAAAUUCUAAACGACCGCUGAAAGAUUCUUCGAAGCCAGUCAGCGACGCUCCAUCCCAAAAGCGUGCACGAUUGACUCCUCCGGAGUCUGCAGAAGGAAAAGUGCUUGCAGAAAAGAAGGCAAACGGCAUUCCCGCUCUCCUAUCUCCUACACUCCCGCCAACCUCCUCCAGCCCGCGUCUACCCGAACUAUUAUCCCCUACCCUACCACCGGGGUUGGAGGAAGAACUCGCUAACAUAGAAGAUGAGGCUCCUCUUACCUCAAAGCGAGAAACAACCUCUACCUCAAAAGUCGACAACAAGAACGGAACACAAGGCCUCAAAGCUCCAGCCCAUGAUCGAAUACGUAUUGAAACAAAGUCGACUAUUAAUAAAACACAACCAAAAGAGGCCAGCAAAACCACUUCAUUCUUUACUAGUGGGAAGACCAGCACUAGCAAUCGAGACGCGGGCAUGAGGUCUGCGUCUCCAUAUGCACAAAAAUCACCAUUAUCAAGUACCGCUGCCAAAACCAAGGGGCCUUCAUCUACUACAACAGCGUCCACAACAGCAUCUACAACAGCCAAGAAGCUUAUAGUCAAACUAAAAUAUGGUCGAGCAAACAGGAAAAGGGUAGGUGCUCUUCUCAAGUUCGGCGGCAAACGCACAUUAUCCGACAGUGUGCCUUCUAAAACAUCCAAAGAAUCGUUUUCUGGGGAUGAAGAUGAGACGAAGAUGCGAGGAAGAAAACGUGAACGCUCGCCAGAUGACGAUCACACAGAAGAGCGCCCACCAAGAGACACUUUCAGUGGUGGCAAGACUGUACCUUCUGAUAAGGUUAAGACCUCAAACGCCACUUCAUUUAAAUCACCAGCAAGUAAACGACCUGCUGUCUCGAAAACAGAUUCUGCUGCUCCCACGCCAGUCAAAGACAGUCGUUCCAAGCAUCAACGUCUUGCGGACGCAGAUCCUCCGACGGAGGUGAAGACACCUUUAGGGGGUAAAUCCCUACCUACGAAGCCAGAUAAGGCCGUACAAAUGUCACCUUCAAACGACGCGACAAGUGCCCGAGACCAAGAGAGAAAGACAUGGCGCGAUGAGUACACUAAGUAUUCAGGUCUAGGCCGGGAAUUAAAGCACCUUGCAGACCGGUAUUCAAGGACCAAAGCCACCAACAGCGAGAACUCAACCUUGGAUGGAAAACUGGCGGCGGCACACGGCAUUGAAUCAAUACUUUGCUUCAUCAUUGCAUUCAUUGUGAAUGAUCGCCACAGAUCGCUAGUUCGACAAAGUGGUGAUUCAGAGACCUGGCGGUCCAUUAUCGCGUAUUGGCGUGUAGUGGAAAGGACUACGUCUGCUUACCCUCACUUACAUGGAUUAUGUCUCGUACUUGGUGCCGUCUCUCACGAUACCAUCAAUACUUUGGAUCUGGAGCGACUCGCAGUCUGUCCUCUCCCCGGCGAACAGAGCCCCGUUCCUACACCAGGCAGUGACGGGAACACAGUGACCUCGUCUGAUCGCAACAACAGCAAUAAAAGCCAGAACAAAAAGGAGUUCCUCGAUCUUCGGAGUCGCCUUCCCGAGAAUCACAAGGAAGCCAAUCGUCUGUGGCUGGAGGGCUGUCGACAACUCGCAGACGACGUCCUCAUCAAGGAAUAUCCCGAGACGUGGUCAAGUCGAUCCCGCAAUUACGCCGAACGAGGUCACGACAGUUUCAAAAUUGGUCAUUAUGCUGGUGGAUUCUACCUACCGUUUGGCCGCACAACUACGCCUAUGGAAACAGUUCGAUUUGGAGUUUCGUUGUUACGUGAAUGGUGCAAGAAGGAGAACAUAGAAUUCAAGGCUCGGUUGAAACUUUGAUUAUUGAGUCAUACAAUGUAUUUUUUCGAUUCAUUUUCUGCUUGAGCGAUUUUUUUUAACGAGACAAUUGUGCAUAAACUACCACUGUUGAAUGCUUUUCUCGUUUUUCUCAUCUUUUUUUAACAUGGAAGUAUUGAUAUCCAUUCCUGGCCUGGUUGUUUUGCGCUUUUUGUUUUGUUUUUCAUUUCUUUUACUUGUAUGAUUCUCUUACUUUUUCCCCUUUUACAUGAUACCAUUCUGGCGGGUUCCAAGUCUCUUCAUUAAGAAUGUGAUUGAUGAAUGUAAUUUGGAGUCUGGAUGCGCACAAGCAACAACCCCUUGAAAUUUUUCUCCUAAUGCAGGCUAACAAUAGG